AUGGCGACAACCACGUUAAAGGUCGAGGGCAUGACCUGUGGCGCUUGCACAUCUGCAGUUGAAGCAGGCUUCAAAGGCGUGGACGGAGUCGGCAACGUCUCUGUCUCACUAGUAAUGGAACGAGCAGUCAUCAUGCACGACCCCCAAAAGAUCUCCGCCGAGCAGAUUCAGGAGAUAAUAGAAGACCGAGGCUUCGACGCUGAGGUACUGGCGACCGACCUACCCACUCCGCGAUUUAGCACCUCAAAAGGACUCUAUGACGAAGAUGCCGUCGAUGACGAGGAGGCUUCCUCGUGUAUGGUCACAACUGUUGGUAUCCAGGGCAUGACUUGCGGUGCUUGCACGUCGGCAGUUGAGGGCGGGUUCCAAGGAGUUACUGGCGUCAAGCACUUCAGCAUAUCCCUACUCUCCGAAAGAGCCGUCAUAGAACAUGACUCAGCGCUGUUGCCCGCCGACAAGAUUGUGGAGAUCAUUGAGGAUAGAGGGUUUGAUGCCUCUAUUGUAGAGAGCAAAGAGCCGGAGCGUGCGAAGAAGCCAAGGUCGGGAAGUUCAGCAAAGAAGGCAUCUCAAGCUAUCACAACAGUCGCUAUCGAGGGAAUGACCUGCGGAGCCUGCACAUCGGCUGUCGAAAGUGGUUUCUCUGAUGUCGAUGGUAUGCUACGCUUCAACAUCAGCUUACUGGCAGAGCGGGCAGUCAUCACACAUGAUCCGACCAAACUUUCACCAGAAAAGAUUGUGGAAAUCAUCGAAGACAGAGGCUUCGAUGCAAAGAUUCUGUCAACACAAUUUGACGUCUCAGACCAUUCAGAUGCCACCUCAACAGCACAGUUCAAGAUCUACGGCAAUCUAGAUGCGGCUGCUGCCACGUCUCUCGAGGAGAAGCUCGUCGCGCUUCCUGGUAUCAACUCCGCAAAACUCAGUCUCUCAACUUCGAGGUUGACUGUCCAACUGCUACCUAAUGUUACCGGCCUUCGAGCAGUUGUAGAAGCAGUCGAGCAAGCUGGCUACAACGCUCUUGUCGCCGACAACGAUGAUAAUAACGCGCAACUAGAAUCUCUCGCAAAAACCCGGGAGAUCAAUGAAUGGCGGCGAGCUUUCAGAGUCUCGCUCUCUUUCGCCAUUCCCGUCUUCCUGAUCGGCAUGAUCUUCCCUAUGUGUCUGCCGUUCUUGGACUUUGGCGCCUUCAAGAUCUUUGAAGGACUAUUUCUCGGCGACAUUAUUUGUUUGAUUUUAACGAUACCCGUACAAUUUGGCAUUGGCAAGCGAUUUUACGUUUCUGCAUAUAAAUCCGUCAAGCAUGGCUCUCCGACCAUGGACGUUCUCGUCGUCCUCGGCACAUCGUGCGCAUUCUUUUUCAGCUGCACCGCAAUGCUUGUGUCAUUCCUCUUUGAGCCUCACACUCGGCCAAGCACUAUCUUCGACACUAGCACUAUGCUUAUCACAUUCAUUACACUCGGUCGCUUCCUGGAGAACCGGGCCAAGGGACAGACAUCCAAGGCUCUAUCUCGCCUCAUGUCUCUGGCUCCCUCCAUGGCUACGAUCUACGCAGACCCCAUUGCUGCUGAAAAGGCAGCGGAGAACUGGCUUUCAGUUGCUUUCACCGGAGAACCCAAAACUCCCAUGACCGACGGUGCGGCUGCCGAAGAGAAGGUGAUUCCCACUGAGCUCAUCCAAGUUGGGGAUAUUGUUAUCCUACGUCCAGGUGACAAGAUUCCCGCGGAUGGUAUCAUGGUCCGCGGUGAGACUUACGUGGACGAGAGCAUGGUCACUGGUGAGGCAAUGCCGGUACAAAAGAGGAAAGGCAGCUUCCUGAUCGGUGGUACUGUUAACGGCCAUGGCCGGGUCGACUUCCGUGUCACCAGGGCUGGCCGAGACACCCAGUUGAGCCAAAUUGUGAAGCUAGUCCAGGAUGCUCAGACCACCCGUGCUCCCAUUCAACGACUGGCCGAUACGCUUGCUGGCUACUUCGUUCCAACAAUUCUCAUCCUUGGCUUCUUGACGUUCUUAACCUGGAUGGUUUUAAGCCAUGUCUUGACCAACCCACCCAAGAUCUUCUUGCAAGAGGCUAGCGGCGGCAAGAUCUUCGUCUGUGUCAAGCUGUGCAUUUCUGUCAUUGUCUUCGCCUGCCCUUGCGCUCUUGGCCUGGCUACCCCCACUGCCGUUAUGGUUGGUACCGGCGUCGGCGCCGAAAAUGGUAUACUUGUCAAAGGAGGUGCUGCGUUGGAGAAGACGACCAAGGUCACCAAGGUCGUCCUUGACAAGACUGGUACCAUCACAUAUGGCAAGAUGAGCGUCGCUAAUGCAAAGGUCGUGUCAGUCUGGCAAGACAACGAAUGGCGUCGCCGUCUCUGGUGGACCAUUGUUGGAUUGGCAGAGAUGGGAAGCGAGCACCCUGUGGGUAGAGCUGUGCUCGGAGCAGCGAAGACCGAACUUGGACUCGAUUCCGAAGGUACCAUUGACGGCAGCGUUGGUGACUUCAAAGCUGCCGUUGGCCGGGGUAUUAGUGCAACGGCUGAGCCCGCGACAAACGCCGAGCGUCUUCGUUACAAUGUGCUCGUGGGCAAUGUGCAGUUCCUGCGCGAGAACAACGUCGAUGUGCCCCAAGAUGCCGUUGAGGACUCUGAAGAGAUUAACUCCAAGGCUGCAAGCCGCUCGAAGGCCAGCUCAUCUGCCUCGGCUGGCACUACCAACAUCUUCAUUGCGAUCGACGGCAAAUAUGCUGGCCACCUCUGCCUUUCAGAUACUAUCAAGGAGGGCGCUGUCGCUGCCAUCGCAGUGCUUCACAAGAUGGGAGUCAAGACCGCUAUCGUCACUGGAGACCAACGCAGCACGGCCGUAGCCGUUGCAGCAGCGGUGGGCAUCAGCACAGAAGACGUCUACGCCGGCAUCUCGCCCGACCAGAAGCAGGCCAUCAUCCGCCAGCUGCAGGAGCAGGGCGAGGUCGUAGCCAUGGUCGGCGACGGCAUCAACGACUCGCCGGCGCUGGCGACCGCAGACGUGGGCAUCGCCAUGUCAAGCGGCACCGACGUCGCCAUGGAGGCCGCCGACGUGGUGCUCAUGCGGCCCAACGACCUGAUGGACAUCCCCGCGGCGCUGCACCUCGCGCGCUCCAUCUUCAACCGCAUCCGCCUCAACCUGGCAUGGGCCUGCGCCUACAACCUCGUCGGCCUGCCCUUCGCCAUGGGCGUCUUCCUGCCGCUCGGCUUCCACCUGCACCCGAUGGCCGCCGGCGCGGCCAUGGCGUGCAGUAGCGUCAGCGUCGUCGUGUCGAGUCUGCUGCUCAAGUUCUGGCGCCGGCCCAAGUUCAUGAACGAGGCGCUGUACGACGAGAAGGGCGUGCUGCGGAAGGGCCGCGGCUGGGGCUGGGACAGUGUUCUUGUUAAGGUACAGGAGUUUGGGGAGCGCAUCACGGGCAAGGGCAAGAAGGACGAGGGCUACGUGCCGCUUGCAAACUUGGAUCACCCCGAUUCGGAGAGGGUGUAG